AUGGCGCUGCCCUUUAUUGCACCGAUAGUCAUCGGCGCCGGCGUCAAGCUGGUCGACGACUUACUCGGCCGAGAGAGAGAGAAGAGGAAGAGACGUGAAGCCGAGCAACGAGAGGAAGAGGCGCGGCGGGAACUGGCCAAGUCGCAGGAGCGCGAAAACAAUCUCCGAGCACUUCUGGAAGAACUAGGUUGUAAUGCGGACGAGCCAGAGAUCACGGAUGAGGUCACCCUCAGAGCGCAAGAGUCGGUGGGCUACGUCCACAAGCGCAAGAACAUUGUCUUUGCUGGCAACGUAAACGUCGGCAAGUCGUCGCUCGUCAACGCCCUCUGCGGCAUGCGCCCCGCGGAUUCUGGUGCUGCUCCCGUGGGCUCGAGCCAAGUGACGAUGAACCUGGGGCGUUACGAGACCCCCGACCAUCCGCGUGUGGUGCUGUUCGACACUCCUGGUGCAGGCACUCAAGAUGUGCCAGCCUUUCGAUACUAUUAUGACCAGAAGCUGUAUGCUUUUGACCUGGUCGUACUCGUUCACGAUACAACUUUGACCAUGUCCGACAUUCGAUUGUUGCAGUUGUGUAGCUACCGCAAACAACCAUUCUUGGCCGUCCGUACCAAAGCCGAUGGUCACAUAUUGAACUGUGCCAGAGACUUGGAAUGCGGCUUGGAAGUCGCACGGCAGGUCUACCUUGAGCAGGUCCGCAAAGAUGUCCAGGACAGCCAGGGCAAGAUCACCCAGAAAUGGCCAGAACUGGCAAUCAAGAUCCAGGACCACGUCGUAUCUGCCACGGGGAUCCGGAACUUCCUCAGUGAUAAACCGUUAUCCACGGGCCCGGCUAUUGCCUGCAUCGACGAGCAGGAGUUCGUAACCAAGCUGUUUCAUGUCGAGGCCCCAGUGGCUGCUGUAGACUAA